GAAAAUCAAAAUUCAAAUCCCUAAACAGAGAAAGAUGCAAAAGAGGGACCAAGGCAAGUCCGGUGGAUCCACCGGCGGUGGGUCGGCGACACCGGCAAAGAGAGGCCGUCCUUUUGGUAGCGGUAACAACAGUACAGCCGCCGCAGCCGCCGCCGCCGAUUUGGCUGCUCCGUCGACCCUUCUCGGUCCUUCUCUUCACGUUCACAGCUCAUUUGCUGAUCAAAACAAUAAAAGAAUUGUUUUGGCUCUUCAAAGUGGUCUCAAGAGUGAGUUGACCUGGGCGUUGAAUACUCUUACAUUGCUCUCCUUUAAAGAAAAGGAUGACAUGCGCAAGGAUGCAACUCCCUUAACAAAAAUCCCCGGUUUGCUUGAUGCACUUCUUCAAGUUAUAGAUGACUGGCGUGACAUAGCACUCCCAAAGGAACUAGUCAGGAUGCCAAGGGCUAGAUCUUUAGGUUCAAAUUCUGUUGCAACAGGAUUUGGAAAUGAGCAUCAGUCAUUGGGCUCUACUGCUACUCUCCACCGUCCUAGCCCAGGGUCUGGCUCUGCUGUUGCAGAAUCAACACAUCAGAAUGGCACGACAAAACAUCGUUUUUCAGAAUUGCGGUUUGAUGAAGAUAGUCUAUUUAAUUUAGAUGAUGAAGGGCGAGCAGAAAAACAGCAAUGUGCUGUUGCUGCUUCAAAUAUCAUUAGGAACUUCUCUUUCAUGCCAGAUAAUGAAGUUAUAAUGGCCCAAAAUCGUCAUUGUAUGGAAACAGCAUUCCAAUGCAUUGAAGAGCAUAUAGUAGAGGAUGAAGAACUUGUCACAAAUGCUCUAGAGACAAUUGUUAACUUGGCUCCACUACUGGAUCUUCGAAUAUUUAGCUCGUCCAAGCCUUCAUUUAUUAAAAUAACAGAGAAACGUGCAGUUCAGGCCAUCAUGGGGAUAUUGAAUUCUCCUGUCAAAGCCUGGCAUUGUGCUGCUGCUGAAUUACUUGGGCGUUUGAUAAUAAAUCCUGACAACGAACCUUUCUUGCUUCCAUUUUUUCCACAGAUACACAAACGUCUAAUCGACCUUAUCAGCUUACCAGCAUUUGAUGCACAGGCAGCUGCUAUAGGUGCACUCUAUAACCUUGCUGAAGUUAAUAUGGACUGCAGGUUGAAGAUUGCUAGCGAGAGAUGGGCAAUAGAUCGAUUGCUCAAAGUGAUUAAGACGCCGCACCCUGUUCCAGAAGUUUGCCGAAAAGCUGCCAUGAUAUUGGAGAGUCUUGUUUCUGAGCCUCAAAACAGAACUUUGUUGCUAGCUUAUGAGAAUGCUUUUGCAGAGAUACUUUUCACAGAUAGCAAAUAUUCUGAUACAUUCGCAAGGAUAUUGUACGAACUAACAUCUCGACCAAGUAACAAAGUGGCAACAGCUCGUGGCAUCUGGGGCAUGUAACUCUUAACCAUGUAAUUGUUGAUCUUUAAUACGGCUUCAAUUAGUGAUCAGUUAUAUAGCUCUAGAUUUAGCAACUUGGGUAGCUCUUGGAUAACUGGUUCAUUUGAAGUUUCAAAAUGUAUGUAUUUAUGUCUAUGAUUGUACCAUACAUUGUGUGUAAUCAAGUAAGCUUUUGUAGUUUGGUUUUCUUCUUUUUUAAGAUGAUGUGAAGAUUAGAAACUUUGUUA